UACUGCCAUUAGCUGAUUAACCUGCUUGCCUUGAGAGGGAUGAAAAAAAGAUCUGUUAUCGUUCUCGGAGAUCCACAGUGAGAUGAUGAAGUUUGCGUUCGGUAUGAAAGAUAUCUGUUGACGGAAAAAUAUAUCAAAAUACAUGCUUUGCAGCAACGUACAAUCUCUGUCAUGAUAUCAGUUGUUUCACUUGUGAUAGUUGUGAUAUCAUCGCAUUAACAUAUUCUGAAAUAAAUAAUCAAGGAUAUUGAAAAGCAAAUGAGAAAGCGUUCUAACAUUAAUCGGUAAAGAUGCCAGUCGGGGUAUUUCCAGCUCUUAAAUUGGGUGUACUAUUUAUCAAACAGAUCAGUAAACCUUUAGCCAAAUUUCUUGUCAAUCAAGCAAAGACUCGUCCUAUUUUCAGAACUUAUUUCAUCAUACCACCUGCUCAAUUUUAUCAUUGGGCAGAAGUAAAAGCAAAAAUGUAUAUCAUGAAUCUUGGUAAGCCUACAAAGGUUGCCAAGUUGAACGAAGCAAUGGCAAUUGAAUUGGGUGCUAGUCUAAUAGGCGAGUUGAUUAUCUUCAGUGUAGCUGGAGGAUGUGUGAUAUUGGAGUACAACAGGCAAGUCACAAAAGAGACAAAGAAAGAGGAGAUCCGUCAGAUGCAAAUACAGAAGUUUACGGAUGACGUCCAAGAGUUAUAUAAUAUUUCAUUGCAACAAGAAGCACGAAUUCACUAUUUGCAGAAUGCAAUUCAUGAAUUAGCAAAUCAUAUGAAGCAUAAGUUACCUGAGCUGGUUUCACGGCCAAUAAAUAAUAGUAGUAAUAAUCUAGAUGAUGACAUGAAGAAGAAUUGUAAUAGAAAUAGCAAAAAUUCAACGGAAGCAAAUCCAGAAAGUGAGAACACAUCAUUGAUAGAGCGUGCAAUAGUAUAUUAUAACAAAGAAUUGAAAGGAGAUAAGCUUAGUUAAGCAAUAUUUUAUAUUUCUCAAAAUAUACGUGAUACGUAC